GUGGAACUACACUAUCAAUCAACUAUCUGAAGAAACGUGGAUACAUUAAGCCUGUUCCCUCAUCUGAACAACUGAAGGAGAUGUAUGAAGCUAUUUGUAUGAAACUAAGAAGCAUAGCAAGAAAGAUCUUCAAGAGAAAAGAUGAAACCACGUUGCCAACUCGACUUUAUAGACCAUUGUAAUUGGAGGUAGUCCUAUAGGUGAAGUGAAAAUCAAAAUUCAGAAAUAUGUUAUAUUGGCAGUAGUCUGAUGUUUAGUUAAGUGCACUACUUUUUGAACAAAAUAUAUUGAUGUCCUGAACAAAAUCUUUUUAAUUUUGUGGGUAAGCAUUGUUAAUAGUCAACUUUCUUCCUUAUGUUACCAAAGUAUUCUUUACCUAUUGCUACAUGUACUGUCAUCUGUAGUUUUCUUGUGUGAAUUUGUUUGUGCACAGAUGGCUACCAAAGAGCCAAUUAGUAGGCAUGCAUGACCUUACCUCAUUUCACCUGUCCUUGAGUUUUCAGGGAAAUUGUUUUUAUUUAAUACUGUGUUAUUGUUGUUAUUGUUAUUAUUGACAUACAAUUAUUACAAAGUCUUAACAACACUAAUAGCUAUAGAAAAUAAAAAAGAAUAUUUAUAAAAAUCAAAGAAAAGUGUAAACAGGUAAGAUAGGUAUAACUAGACUCCUUGGUGAUUAAACAUUUGUGUAGCCAACUGUAAAGAAAAUUAGAAAAAGAAAACACAGUAGACAUGGCAUCUAGUUUUUUCCAUCCUGGAAUCAGUAUGUUAAUGAAUAUAUAUUGCAUUUUUUUAUUGAGUUGUAAUUAUCUUGUCUUUGUUGCAUUAAUAUUCAAGUAUGUCAGA